AUGAGAAGUGGGGCUUUGUACUCUAACGUCCAACGCCGUGCCCAAUGGGUAGACAAAGAAGACGACGCGCAAGCCAUCUCGAAGCCCGACGCACACGAAAAGAAAGUGAUGCUGUGCAUAUGCUCCGAAGCACACGAGGACAGCACGCUCAAGUGUAUUUCCAACACGACACCCCACAUAGCAAGUGCAACCAAAAACGAGCUGGCGACGUAUGGAUGGACUGUCUUACCACACCCACCGUACUCCUCUGAUCUCGCUCCAUCAGAUUACCACCUUUUCUCUGCUCUCCAACGCCACCUGGACGGACAAGACUUCAAGAAACGCGAGGAGGUCAAAGCGGCAUUGAACAUCUUUUUCGAAUCGCAGCAGACCACGUUCUGGAGCAGAGGGAUCCACGACUUACCCAAGCGUUGGCAGAAGACCAUCGAUGUCAAUGGCGAUAUUUUAGAUGAUUUGGUAUUGUUGUUUUUGAAUGGUGAGAUAAACAAUUUUGUGUCGCAAGUGUCCGAGAACUUUCUUACAACCUAA